AUGGCUUCCACACUUGAGAAUUUGAGCAUCGGUGCUACGCCCGGAAACGGUGCGGCAUCUGUUCAACAACAGAAAAACCAUCAAAAUCAGCAAAAUCAGCAACAGCAAAAUCAAAAUCAACAGCCAGACUUCCUUUCAAACACUAACUGGCUAAAUCAGCUUUCGGGAGACCUCUUGGACAGUUUCCCUCUCGAUAAUAUAGAAUCUAUGGGAUCUUCUUCUUCAACUCUGUCAGAGCGCCCGGCAGACUUCAAUUCUCCUGUCUUCCCAUUGGCUGCUUCUUGUUAUGGUGCAAUCGCCGCCUCUCCAUCCAUUCCAGAAUCUUCAAGAAUCAGCGAAAAAAUCGGCACCCCGGACUACAUCGUGUCCAAGCCAUCAGCCAAUCAAACUCUAAACAGCUCUUUCGAUUUCUCGCCUGAUGCUAAUGCCACCGUCCAGACCGGCGACAGUUAUAUACCCUCGUCGGCUGCACAGCCUGCAUUCUACCAGGAUCUCUUUUCUUCACUUACCGAUAACUCGUCUGCCGAAUUCGACACGGUCAAGACCAUCAACCCAGCUAUGGCUGUUAUAAGGAAGUCGCCAGUAUUGAAAUCGCAGUCUGUGUCAAAGAUGAUCGAUCCGACUCUGACGAUGUCGACGCCCCCGGAGUCGUACCAGCCAUCGUUCGCGUCGAUCGACUCGUCAUUCGACGUUUCACCCCUCACGUCGUUCGACCCGCAGCCUCCAUCUUCGGCUGCAUCUUCGAUCUCGUCCUCACCAUCCAUUUUUUACAACUCUGCCAGAAGUUCGAUCACGUCUGCAUCGACCUCCUCGGCUAACUCCGGUCUUGGUUUGCGCACGCCCAACUUCAAAAGCCCAACAGUCCAGGCCACUGCUCCAAUUUCAUCAUCCACUGCCACAAAUUCCAACAGGAACCCAUCUGUGGUUGCCGUGAAAAAUCGCCACGGUGUCCAUUGCAUCAACGGGAAAAGAGUUAGCGACUCCAGAAUGUCGCUGGUACAGUUGGCCAUUGUUUUGGGACUCGGCGAAAAUACAGCUGAGGCCUCAAUGAGAGAAAAGCAGAUCUUGUCGAUUCUCAAAGACGAGCUCGGCUUCCCUCUCGGACGGAAAACUUGGAUCCGAGACACCCCGGCCGAGGAAAGAGACCAAUUGAUGGAUGCACUUCUGGUUAGAGUGGAGCAAAAGUAUCACUAUGGUUAUGAUAGAGACUCUCUUGGUGUUGUUGUUAGACGUGCCAGCUAUUAUUUGAUGCAAGGCCGUCUAAGAAGAGAGAGGCGCAUCAACAAAAAGAGAAACUCCAUCUCGCAGUCUUCCAUCAAGAGGAAGAAACGUAAGUCUGUUGAACUUGCAGUGGCUCCUGCAUCUUCCUAA